ACACAUUCAAAGCUUUACCAAAAUGGAUUCAUCAGCUUCAUCGCCAUUGUCUCCGAUUCAUUUUGCAUUAGCAACUUUAUUUGGAGCUUCAGUAAUGGCCAUCUCAGCUUUUUACAUACACAAGCGCAGUGUUGAUCAGGUCAUCGAUCGCCUCAUCAAGCUCCGUCGACGCCCCGAUCGUAACUACCCCGAACACCAAGAGUUUUCUGGAUAUGAAGAUGGAGAUAUUGAUGCUGAUAAUAGAAGUUAUCUCGACGACGACGACGACGACGAUGGUGCUGGUGCUUAUGUGAUGAAUAAUCAUUCUUAUGGUAUGUCCUGUUCGUUGCCGAAUGUAGGGUUGGCUAAUGAAUGGAUGAGUGAAAAAGUGGGUAAACCGGUGUCGUUUGGUUCUUUGGAGAAACUAGUUUCUGAUAACUUGCCACCUCUUCGAAUGAAUCAAAGACAAGGAGAACAUCACCAUGAUAAUCAAUCUAAUCCUAAGAUGAGGGUGGGUUCUUUUGGUAGAAUUCAUACACCAAGAUCACCAGGUAGCUAUGCAUAUGAUGGUGCUGAUGAUUCUGACGACGAUGGAACUGAGACUGCUGUCGGGGAGGACAGUCAAUAUUUUGAUGAGGGCGUAAACUCUUCUGCACACGAUAUAUACUCGAAUAUUCAGAGUAUGUCUAUGGUUCUGUCACAAGCUGAGAAUGCAAACAAUAAUCAAGUUAAUUCAAAUGGGAAAAUUGCAAAAGAAAAUAACUCAACUGUAGAACACGGCAGUGAGAAGGUGGAACUCUCUUUAGAGAACAUCCCAGUCAAUGAUCCCAACUUCAUUUUACCACAAACAACUGUCAUGAAAGAGUCAUUGAAUCUUGAAGAGGAAGAGGUAAGGAAAAUGAUACGCGAAUGCUUAGACUUGCGGGAAAAAUAUGUGUUCAGGGAAAAAAAUGUUCCAUGGACGCAAACACAUGCUGGAGACUCUUGUUUAUCUGAUAUUAGAAGAGAUCCAUUUCGAUUUGUACCUGUUGAAUCAACUAAACACCACUUCAGGAUGGAAGAUGGUAUUGUACAUGUUUAUGCCAGUGAAAAUGAUUCAGUUGAUCUCUUCCCUGUUGCAAGUGCGACGACUUUUUUCACUGACAUGCAUCACAUUCUCAAAAUAAUCUCUGUUGGAAAUGUUCGAUCUGCAUGUUAUCAUCGACUAAGAUUUCUCGAGGAGAAAUUCCGUCUUCAUCUGUUAGUGAACGCAGAUAGCGAGUUUCUGGCUCAAAAGAGUGCACCCCAUCGUGAUUUCUACAAUAUCAGAAAAGUUGACACCCAUGUGCAUCAUUCUGCUUGCAUGAACCAGAAGCACCUUCUGCGCUUCAUUAAGUCUAAGUUAAGGAAAGAACCUGAUGAGGUUGUCAUAUUUCGUGAUGGACAAUAUCUGACACUGAAAGAAGUUUUUGAGAGCUUGGACUUAACCGGGUAUGAUCUUAAUGUUGACUUAUUGGAUGUGCAUGCGGAUAAGAGUACAUUUCACCGGUUUGACAAAUUCAAUCUCAAGUACAAUCCUUGUGGACAGAGCAGACUCAGAGAAAUCUUUUUAAAACAAGACAAUUUGAUUCAAGGUCGUUUCCUGGGAGAAUUGACGAAGCAAGUUUUAUCAGAUCUUGAUGCAAGUAAAUACCAGGUGGCAGAGUAUAGGGUGUCCAUAUAUGGAAGGAAGCAGAGUGAAUGGGAUCAGUUGGCGAGUUGGUUCAUCAACAAUUCAAUUUACAGUGAGAAUGCUGUUUGGCUUAUUCAACUUCCACGACUAUAUAACAUUUACAAGAGCAUGGGAACAGUUACAUCCUUUCAGAAUAUAUUGGACAAUGUGUUCAUUCCACUUUUUGAAGUCUCGGUUGAUCCGAAAUCUCAUCCUCAGCUGCACAUUUUCCUAAUGCAGGUGGUCGGCCUUGAUCUUGUGGAUGAUGAAAGCAAGCCUGAAAGGCGCCCCACAAAGCACAUGCCCACACCAGCUGAAUGGACAAACGAUUUCAAUCCUGCUUACUCGUAUUACGCGUAUUACUGCUAUGCCAACCUCUAUACCCUUAACAAGCUCCGUGAAUCAAAAGGACUGCCAACAAUUAGACUGCGGCCUCAUUGCGGAGAGGCAGGUGAUAUCGACCAUUUAGCAGCUGGCUUCCUUCUAUGCCAUAAUAUUUCUCAUGGGAUCAAUUUGCGGAAAUCUCCUGUAUUGCAGUACUUGUACUACCUUGCUCAGAUCGGAUUGGCUAUGUCUCCACUGAGCAAUAAUUCCCUUUUCCUGGACUACCAUCGCAACCCAUUUCCCAUGUUCUUCCAGCGUGGCUUGAAUGUUUCACUCUCCACCGAUGAUCCACUUCAAAUUCAUCUGACAAAAGAACCUCUGGUGGAAGAAUACGGUGUUGCAGCCAAGGUUUGGAAGCUAAGUUCCUGUGACCUUUGUGAGAUAGCAAGAAACUCCGUUUACCAGUCUGGAUUCUCACAUGCAGCCAAGGAACAUUGGCUUGGUGGGAAAUAUUUCAAGAGAGGACCUGAAGGAAAUGAUAUACAAAAGACAAAUGUACCCCGAAUGAGGAUUUCCUUCCGUCAUCAGACAUGGACGGAGGAGAUGCAGUAUGUGUAUUCAGGACGAGCCAGACUACCUCAAGAAGUCGAGUUUUGAUGGCAAUAACGACACACACGAGGUGCAUCCCCAGAGCCUGCAUAUCUUGCAGUUAGGUUGGUUAGAGAUGUGUAGUUGAAAACUCACAACCCCAUUUCUAUUUCUACUUCUGGGGUGAGUUGAGAAAAUAAAGAAACAUAACCUACUUGUUAAAGCAGUUAUUGUUGUUAUUAUGAAAAACAAGAAAAAGAAAAAGAAAUGGCAAUUGUUAGUUUCUUGCCAAAUUCAGAUAUUACUUUAUAACCAUUUUGAAGGUUUGAAACAAGGCUACUGGAUGACCCUGUUACUGGUCUCAUUGGUAAAGGUUACUCUAAGGAAGAUUUUGAUGAGGCAUUUAGGGACUGUUUACUUG